AUGCAUUUGCAGAAAGUGCCUCAGCUCAGAGCAGCAGCGAGGGAUGAGGAGGGGUCACCUGGACACACCAGCGCAGGAACAGCCCCUCCCCAUGCAUACAUAGAGCUCAGCUGGACCUCUGACCUCCCCUUCCUCUGCUCUGCUCUGAAGUCUCUGUACCUGCAGAGGGCACACAGACGGCUCAGCGGGGAGAGCUGGCUCCUGCCGGCGCUGUCCUGCUGGUGA